CAGCUGGGGCAGAGACGCCCGCUGUCCGGGGUAGGAGGUGUCACUGUCCAGGGGCUGACGGGACCAGCGUUCCAGCAGGUCAAUGUCUAUGACUAUUUUAUGAUGCCUGGUACAUUAUGGUGCUGGUGAGUAGGAUGACAGGUCCUAUAGCAUCAUUCUGGUAAGACAAAUACAGAGUGUUCUCCCCGAGGAUGAAAGGACUCUGCGUUCUACUGCUGCUGCUGUUUUGUACUGUCUCCUACCAGGACUUCAGUGUCUAUCGCAACGCCAACCGGAACCAAGAUUAUACUCCUGGAACACAUUAUUUAUUGAACCCAAUCCACAGCGUGAUUCAUAGUUCUAGAGGUGCCAAUGUGACCCUGCCCUGCAUCAUGCGCCGGCGCCCAAAAAGCUAUAAGGUAAAAUGGAGCAAGGUCAACCUCGAAGAUCCACUGGAGAACCUCAUAGUCAUCUCCAAUGGUCAGCACCACAAGAAGUACGAUAAGCUGAAAGGCCGGGCCCGUCUGAGACGUAGCCAUCGACUUGAUGCCUCCUUGAUCAUCACUAAUGUCACUCUAGAAGAUGAGGGCAGAUACAAGUGUGAGCUAGUGAAUGGCCUGGAAGAUCAGAGCUUGAUGUUAUCAUUGGAACUGGAGGGAGUAGUGUUUCCAUAUCAGUCCAGAGGAGGGCGCUACCAUUUUAAUUACAUAGAGGCAUAUCAAGUUUGUAAAGAGCAAGAUGGAAGACUGGCCACUUUAUCCCAACUCUACCAAGCAUGGACGGACGGUCUGGAUUGGUGCAAUGCCGGAUGGUUGCUUGAGGGAAGUGUUCAUUAUCCGGUCAUUGUCCCACGGGAACCAUGUGGGGGGGCUCUACCUCCUGGAAUACGCAGCUAUGGCCCCAAAGACAAACUGAAGGACAAAUAUGACGCCUUCUGCUUCACCUCAGCAUUUAAGGGGCGUGUGUACUUUGUCCAUGGCCCGAUGAACUUCAGAGAAGCUUCUGAUGCUUGCCAGGGCCGCAAGGCAGAGGUCGCAAAGGUCGGACAUUUGUACGCUGCAUGGAAAUUCUUUGGCCUGGAUCAUUGUGACGGAGGCUGGUUAUCAGACGGCAGUGUCCGGUAUCCAAUCACAGAGCCACGGGAGCGGUGCGGGGGACUCCCGGAUCCAGGAGUGAGGAGUUUUGGUUUCCCCAAUCCAGAAGAAAGACUGUAUGGCGUGUAUUGUUAUGCCCCAACUUAGGGCAAGUCUUUAGCCCAUUAGAGGUCACCUUCUAAAAACUGCUGAUGGACAGUACUCUGAGCUACUUUCUGAUUGGACAACAGGCCAGUGGAGUUAAACUCUGAUUCUAUUAUAUUGUAAAGUUUGAACAUGUCCAUGUUUGAGAUUGGGUUGAACAAUGUUUAGGACAUACCAACAUUUGUCUAUUAUUUGUAGGGAUCAAUAGUAUCCUUUCAAUGGGGGUAAUUCAGACCUGAUCGUAGCAGCAAAUUUGUUAGCACUUGGGCAAAUCCAUGUGCACUGCAGGGGGGACAGAUAUAACAUGUGCAGAGAGAGUUAGAUUUGGGUGGGUUAUACUGUUUCUGUGCAGGGUAAAUACUGGCUGCUUUAUUUUUACACUGCAAUUUAGAUUUCAGGUUGAACACACCACACCCACAUCUAAUGGGCCCUACACACUUAAAGAUUUCACUGAAAGAUAUGAACGAUCUUGUUCACUAGUGAACGAGAUAUCGUUCAUAUCUUUCAGUGUGUAGAGCCCGUUCACACCUGCAGGCCAAUGUGGACAAUAUCGUCCAUAUUAGUAUGCACGGCUAUGGGGUCGGGUGACCGGGGGAGUGAAGAAACUUCACUCCCCCGUCACCCCCCUCCUUCCCAGCUGCUGUGUUGUCCGACGCCCGUAUUAGCUGUCGGGCAGCUUGGCGGUCAGUCGCCGAGUGUGUAGGCCCCUUAACACUCUCUGCACAUGAUAUAUCUCCCCCCCCUCCCCUGCAGUGCACAUGGUUUUGCUGCUACGAUCAGGUCUGAAUUACCCCCAGUGUCUUAGCUUUCCCAAUGGCAGCCUAACCAGCUUUUAGCAUUAACACUGCAAUAAGUUAGAUUGUAGUGCAACACAACUUAACAUUUUAGCACAAAAACUACGCUACGCAACGUUUUGAUAGUAUGGCAUGGUAUCAGUAUUUAUUUGUGCACAUAGUGCAAAAUAUGUUUAAUAUGGAGGAGCCACAGCCUUUCCACAACCCAAUUAAUUGACUAGUGCAUGAAUAAUCUACAAACAAGGCUUGUCAAAAAUAAAUAUGUUAUUAUUAUUA